AUGGAAAAACAACAACUUGAAACAAUGCUUUUUAUUGAAAAAUCUUAUUAUUCAAAAAUUUCUAUUAAAUCACAUUCAAAGCGAUGUCUUAUAGCUGAUUGUCUACAUAAAUUAACUGAUGAUGAACAUAUAUCCGAUGAUGUAUUUGCAUUAGCAAUGUAUAUAUUUGAUCGUUUUAUGUCAAAAACUUCUUCAAUUAUAACAAAUGAUCGUUAUUAUAAAUUAAUAGCUUUAUCAUGUUAUAAUUUAGCUAAAAAAUUACGUACAAAUAUAUUAAUUAAUAAUGAAAAUGAACAAUUAUCAUUGAUAUUUUCAAAUGAAAAUUACAAUGAUGAAGAAAUAUUUGAUGCUGAACAAAUUAUUUCUAAUACACUUGAUUGGGAUUUAGCUUAUUUUGUACCACAUGAUUAUAUACAAUUAUUAUUUAAAUAUUUUUUACCAUUAGAAAAUCGAACUCAACUUUGUUUACAUGUUCAUAUACUUCUAUCACUUGCAAUAUGUGAAUUAAAUACAUUAACAAUUCUUCCAAGUCUUUUUGCAUGUGCAUGUAUAAAAGCAGCUAUAAAAGGUCUUUCAUUAAAAAAUAUUCAUCAAAUUGAUGAAUUAAUAUUAAAAAUAAUUCAUUGUAAUCAAAUUGAACUUAGUCAUACACAAUAUUUGAUUGAACAAUUAUUUCAAUCAUAUUUACAAAAUAUAAAACCAUCACCAAGACGUCGUUGUUUAGCACCAAUUGAUACAAGUUCACAACAAUGUACAAAAGUUAAAUAA